UCUCAAUCAGGACUGGGAAUCCUUGGUCCUAACCCACUGUACCGGCGCUGCAGCCUCCCUUCUACAGAACUCGUAUCUACGAAAAUUGCCGCUUUUUUCUACCUUUCGGACUUCCCAGAUCCGUCGGUACCGAUGAUCGGCUCCGGCAGCCGGAAUCCCGGCCAUCCCUCCGCCGGAAUCGACCCCUCGUCCAUCCCCAUCUCCGCCGCGCGCGGCGGUGACGACUCCCGGUCAGACCCCAUGGCGAGCGCCGACCCCGGCCUCCCCCUCCUCAACCUCUCCGUCCUCGGCCAGAGGAUGGACUUCCUCCGCCGCUUCCUCUCCGACUCCGUCGAUCGCCGCGCUUCCCUCGCCGGCGAUCAGCUCCAGCUCGUCUCCGCCGAGAUCGCCUCCGCCGUUCACCAGACGAUCCUAAACGGUGCCGCCCUCCUUGCCUCCUCCCAGCGCUCCGGUCCCAUCCCCAUGGCCGCAGUCGAUCCAGCCGUCGGAAGAGCAGCGGAUCAGAUCGUUUCCGGCCCGGAUCCGGCGAGCUCAGCGGUGGCGGAGGAGGACGGCGACGCGGUGGAGGAGGGCGACAUCGUGGAGAUCGACGCGGCGGAGCUGCUGGCGGAGCAGGUCCACUUCUGCGAGAUCUGUGGCAAGGGUUUUAAGCGCGACGCCAACCUCCGGAUGCACAUGCGGGCCCACGGCAACCAGUUCAAGACCCUGGAGGCCUUCUCCAAGCCGCCGGAGCAGGACGGCCGCAGGCCGGACGGCGGCGACGGGAGGAAGGUGAGGUUCUCGUGCCCCUUCGCCGGUUGCAACCGGAACCGUUGCCACGGGCGCUUCCGGCCGCUGAAAUCGGUUGUGUGCGUCAAGAACCACUUCAAGAGGAGCCACUGCCCAAAAAUGUUUUCUUGCCACCGGUGCAGCAAGAAGAGCUUCUCGGUGAUGGCCGACCUCAGGAGCCACAUCAAGCACUGCGGCGAGACCCGGUGGCGGUGCUCGUGCGGGACGAGCUUCUCGAGGAAAGACAAGCUUUUCGGGCACGUUGCUCUCUUCAAGGGGCACCUGCCGGCGGUCGGGGUGGGGGAGGAGGAAUUGGUGGUGGGAGGCGGAGAGGAUAUUGGAAGGGGAGGAGGUGAGCCAGUUGGUGGAGAUAGUUUUGAUCUCGAGUUCUUCGAGAGGUUAAUGAAGGAAUUGGAAGGGAUUGAAGGUGGUAAUUGGUCGGCACGCCAAGCAUCUAACAGCAUGGUGCCAUCUUAUUAUCAUCAGCAACUACUCCACUCAUUUUGCUGUCUCUUCUAAGUAUGGAUAUUACUACUACGGAUGGGACACAGGAUGUUCAUAUUCAAACUGCAUGGCUUCCAUUUUUGGCUGCUACUGGGAUUAUCACAAUAAAGUCAUUUGUUCUUUGGCAUUAAUAUUUUUUCCUUCUGAGAUUUUGAAACACUAUUACUGUUCUCAGAGCUGCUGUUUUGGUUUUCUCAGCACAUGCUCUGCUAUUUCUUAUUUCUGCAUCUUUCUUUUGUUAUUUAUGCAUAGAGUCACUUAUGCUA